CGUCGUCUCUCUCUUUCUUUCCAUGUCUCUCUUUCUUCCUUUAGCGAACCAGAGAAGAAAGCAAAACCAAAGGCUUCUUCUAUCCCACAUCUUCGAUCACUUCCAUAUUCCAUCUCUGAAGAAAAUCUGUAUUGGCUAGAGACGUCUCUUUCUUCUUCUUCUUCUUCUUCUUUUGAACUUUUAUUCUUGUACACUUCACAGUUUGACUGCACUCUACCUAAACCAAUCUUAUGGUCUCUCCCAUUUUAGAUCAUUUCUCAGUCAACUUUUUAGCUCUGUGCCUAAAUAGGCUCAUAUUAUUACACUGUUAUAUAGUACUCUCAUGCCACUUUGCAUGAACUGGUUUCAAGUUCCCCUCUAAUAAUGGCUUUUCCAUCUUGUAAUGUAGCUAAUUAGACAACCCAUUUUGCCAUUUUAUUUAAUUAUUUAUACUGCUUCCUGACACUCUUUGUUUUGCAAUAUUUUCUUCUUGAGAGCUUCUGUUUUCUGUUUGAUUAGCGGGCAAUCCUUACUUCAGUGGAUAUUGAAAAAAAAGGCUCUCUUAUUUGUAUUUUUAAUUUUGGUUGUAUUUAUGGUGCCUCCUCCAAUGGUGGAGCUGCAAUCUUGUGCUAGCUUGGUCAAUACCUCAGCAUUAUGUGCUAUAGAGCAAGAAGUCAAAGGAGAAAGUGUCAACGUUAUAGCUGAGAUUUCAGCUGAGUUACAAAGGGAAAGACAGAAAAAUGCAGAGCUUAUGAAGAAGAUAUCUUUUCUUGAAGCUCAAAUACAGGAAAGAGCCAAGGACUCUCUUUGCACAAAUGGACAGGGCAGUUGUCCUACUCCAAGGGAAACCAACUUCAAAAAGUUUAAGAAGCAGAAGACAGAGACAGUUAGUAAUGGAAAUGAUACAGAAAAGACUAUCAAAAGCGAAGACUCUUCAGAGAAGAACCAAGAAACAAAAUGCUUGGCCCAGAAAGACCCAUUUCUAGAGAACCGUUUAGUAAACUGGAUGAGCAUGGAUGAGACACAGUUUUUGCAAUAUGAAAAGGUCAAAGAUGGUGAGUCUCCUGCAGAUUGUUAUGAUACAGAUGAAAGUGAUGAUGAAGAGGAUGAUUAUCACGAAGAUGAUGGUAUUAACAAUGAGCAUAAAGAAAGGGAAGCUAAUGAAAUCUCAACAACUGCAAACGACGUGAACAAUGUUGUCGUAGAGCCAUUACAUCACAACCUACUGACAAAUGAAGAACUACCUGAAACACAGCCCAUUUCUGAUGAGAUUGAGUUGAUCAGAGACCAAACCAGAAAACAAGAUGAAAAUGUUAUCAGAGAUUAUAAAUCCCCACCAACCAGUAUCCUUAAUAUGGGGAGGUAUACUAAUUGUUAUGCAGGAUCAGGGAGCAUAUCACAUAAUAAAAAACCUCCAAAAGUGGCCUUCUGUCCAAGAGAAGUGAAGAGAAUAAUUGAGUCUGAAGCUAUUGAGCAAAAGAAUGCUCAAUCCCACACCAUAAGGAAGAUCAUUGUGUUCGCAUCACUUGGGAUAAGGCAUGGAUGUGAAGAUAUGUAUGAGUUGGAUUUUAAUCACUUUAGCAUUUUGAAGAAGGGAGAGCCAUAUGAGUCUCCUUCUAAUCCAGGGGAGCAUGUUCUAUAUGAGAAUCCUCAAGUUAGGAGGAAAGUUUUCUAUCCAAAUCGACAGAACCCAACAUUAUGUCCUAUUCAGGUACUAGAGGAAGAGAAGGCUAUGCGUCCAUCAGAUUCUAGCUGCCCAUCGUGCUUAUUUCUAUGUAUAAAGUAUGGAGGAAGGACAAGAAAUCUUCCCCAAAAUGAAUAUGUCAGACAGCGAAUGGGAAGGAACAAGCUUAAGUCUUUUGGUCCACUUAUAUGUCGAAUGGUGAUGCUAGCUCAUGUUCGAAGUGGGAGCUUCUUCUUCAAGGCCUUGGGCAUUACACUUCUCUUCAUGGCUGGUUUUCCUGAUGAUCUAGUUCAAAGGGAAACCAAGUACCGGAACUUAGACUUGCUUCAGAAAUAUUACAGGACAGAUGAGGAGGCUGAAGGAGAAGAUUUGUUUCUCCCACAUCAAAUUGUUUCUGACUCUGCUAGUCCUGGUUCCCAGCAACUCACAGGGAAAACAUGUUCUACAAAACCAAAGGUAAAGAAACAGGCCAACUCCAGCUCCAUCAGUAAGCCUAAUAAUCAUAACACACAAAGAUAUUUAGCACUCCAAAAACCGGGACAUUUGAGCUCCGGACCUCCUUCUCAAUUUGGAUUAAUGGGGUAUACAUCCAUUCAUACACAAGCAAUGGCAGCAUUUCAUCAUCAGUCUAUCCCACCUCAGCCUCAGACGCCAUUAGAAAUCUCUAACUCUGUAAUUGCCAACUCUAGUACUAAUGUCCCCUUCCCAAACCAAACCCCAUAUCAUCAUCAUCACACACUCCCACCACAGCCAACAAAUCCAUUUGUGCCAGCUUUAAUGUAUUGGCCUCCUCCAAACACAUAUCCUCCUGCUACACCUUACACACCAACAUAUGGUUAUCAAUCUUUCCCUUCAGCUGGAAACUACAUUUCCAUUCAUCCGCAGCCUUAUUAUACUCCUUUGAUACCGAAAAUCGUAGAAGGCGACCGCAAGAAUGACACAGGCUUAAAUGAUGAUGCUAAUGAUUCUGAUAGUAGUUCGAGCAGUACAGAGCCAAAGAAAAAUCAGAAAGUUGGCACAGAAAAAUAAAAUAAAAUAAUGUACUAGUCAUUCAAUGUGUUUCUCAUCUCAUGCAGUAAUAUCUUGUCAAAUAAUGAUCACUAUAUAGAUCAUUUGAAUCAUUUUUGGGCCUCCUUUGCUCGGUGAAAAUAUGUAAGUUACAAGAUAAUCGUAUUCAUGUGCAAUAUUAUAGCUUCAAA